CAGACUAACCCGUCCCGCAAUAUGUUUUCCUUGCUCCUACAACCUCUCCCCCGAGGAGCUCUGCACCAAGAUCUCGCUCUGCGACGCCCUCAUCGUCCGCAGCGGGACCAAGGUCAGCCGUGAGUUGUUUGAAUCCUUCGGAGGCAGGUUGAAGGUCGUCGGUAGGGCCGGCGUGGGUAUUGACAAUGUGGAUCUGGCCGCCGCCACCAAGCAUGGCUGGUUGGUCGUGAAUGCGCCGACUGCUAAUACUGUCGCCACCGCCGAGCACGGGAUCGCUCUCUUGGCCGCUAAGCUGACGCCUCCGUUAAAGCCGGCAAGUGGCAGAGGAACAAGUAUGUUGGUGUAUCGCUUGUGGGGAAAACACUUGCGGUUAUGGGUUUUGGAAAAGUUGGCAUUGAAGUUGCCCGGAGAGCCAAGGGACUCGGUAUGCAUGUUAUUGCACACGAUCCAUAUGCCCCAGCCGAUCGUGCCCGUGCAAUUGCUGUGGAACUUGUGAGCUUUGAUGAAGCCUUAUCCAAAGCGGAUUUCAUCUCAUUGCACAUGCCUCUCACGCCUGCCACAUCAAAGAUUCUCAACGAUGAAACUUUUGCAUGAAGAAAGGAGUCCGCAUUGUUAAUGUUGCUCGUGGAGGAGUCAUCGAUGAAGACGCCCUAGUGAAGGCGCUGGACGCUGGAAUUGUUGCACAGGCUGCCCUUGAUGUUUUUACGGAGAAGCCACCAGCUAAAGACAGAAAGCUUGUACUGCAUGAGAAAGUCACAGCAACUCCUCAUCUAGGUGCCAGCACUAUGGAAGCACAGUCCGUACAAAGACUUCACCAAUUUGCAGACUUUCUUCUCUUGUCCUGGAGCUACACAACCAUCAGGUUCGAUGUAAUCGCGAGGCGCAUGGAAACUCCAAAAGACGAAAAACAAGGCCGUUUCAAUACGCCGGAGGUUCUUGUAGGCAUGUCGGGGUUCUUCAUUGCUACCCUUCUUUUUUUUGUAAUUUUUGGUCUCUCAUUGAUUGUGUAAUUAGUAAAAUUUUUAAUACCUAGAACAAGCUCACUUUUAAUCGGGAGGAGGAGCUCUUGAUUGACCGUUCCAUAUCCUAAAAAGAUACGUCUCCUCCGCGGUGUGUAUAAUGAGUAUAGCCAGUGUUCUGCUAGUUUAAUUCAGAUUUUGUUACUCAA